UUCCACGAUAUGUUUUAUUAACUUUAUCCGAGCUUAAGUUUUAUUUGAGGACAUGAAGUCUGUAUAAAAUCAAUCACACUUCCCAUUGAUCAAAUCCUAGGGCAAUAUUUUAUCUAUUAUUAGUAAUACAUAAAUCUGUUCAUAAUGCAAGCGUCUAAUCGAUUAAAGUCUUCAUUCCUAGAGGGGAAACAGUCCUUUGGUGCAUGGCAGAUGCUCCCCGGCGCGAACAUUUCAAGAUUAUUAGCCCGAUCAGGAGUAGACUGGGUAUUGGUUGAUUGCGAGCACGGAAAUAUAGAUGAUGGAGCAAUGCAUGAUGCAGUUCCCGCCAUCGCCGCCGUUGGAGUCUCGCCCCUGGUAAGAUUACCCGAUAUGCAAGGGUGGAUGGUAAAGCGCGCAUUAGAUAGCGGAGCUCAUGGGAUCCUGGUCCCACUGGUGCGAACAGUAGAGGAAGCCAGACAGCUUGUCCUAGACGCCAAAUUUCCCCCGAAAGGACAACGAGGUUUCGGCUCUCUCCUAGCCCUAGAAAGAUUCCAGUCGAAUCCUACCCUAACAGAAUACCUCCAUCAGGCCAACGAUGCGCUUGUGACAAUAAUACAGAUAGAGACGAAGGAGGCUUAUGACAGCGUCGAGGAGAUCGCGUCCGUCGACGGUGUUGAUGCGUUAUUCAUCGGUCCCUUUGACUUAGGUAAUAACAUCGGACAUCCCGUACAGAAAGGUGUUAUCGGCCCUGAGUUGAAAACAGCGUUAGCAAGAAUCUUAGCCGCAACUCGCAAGGCAGGGAAGAAAUGUGGUAUAUACUGUAAGGACGCGCAACAAGCGAGGGAAUUUGCGGGGUAUGGCUAUGACAUGAUUGUCUCCGUUACGGACUAUACAGCGCUUCAACAUGCUAUUCAAGAUGAAUUAAGCAUCGCCAGAGGGGAUGAGAAACCCUCUGGUUCAGGUGUGUUUUGAAAUACUUAGGUCACUCACACAUAGGUAGCAAGCGACUUUCAACCACGAAUUGUACAAAAAUAAGUAUGAUUCAAACCUGGAAUCUUACAAAGAGUAUUAAACCUGUAAUUGUGCGCCGUAUUUCUGAAAUUAUUAGGA